AUGUUCAAUGGCUGGAAGGAGGCUACUAAGCAGGUACUGAAGGCUCAAGAAUACGAGCGCGAACUUCAUAGUCAGAAUUCUCGAUUGGAGAAAGAGGUGCUGCAGUUGCGGGGAGAACUUCAAGUUCAGCGAACGGGCUUCCGAUUCGGUCCCCACAUCGUUUCCAAAACUCAAAGUGACUCCAUCUCACCAAGCAAUUCUGUGUCCCAAAUUGGGAGCGGAUCCAUCCUGAACCCUGUCCAAUGUGCUGUCAGUCAACCAUCGAUUCAGCCACCACACUAUAGUCACAAGAUUCUCUGGACACUCGAAGACUGUCAAAAGGACCUGCACAACGUUGUUACCAAGUCGAACAAAUCACGCCCGGCCAUGGAAAAAGCAAUACAACAUGAAGACAGCACGUUAAUCAAUGGGGGGGAGUGGCACGCAAUCAAGGCGAAUGCAAGAGCGAUUGCAAGUUGUGAUCUACUGCCUCUCCCCAUUCCGUGCGACACACCAAGUUUGGUGAAGAAGAAGACCAAGACCUUCUUCACUAAGUAUCACCUCAAGCAGUGGACCAACACAGUCCACAAACUCGAAGAACAAGAGCCUUUACUGGCUCUUUGUGCCGCUCAUUGGAAAGCUGAACAUGUACUGAAUACCAUUUUGACAGGAAUCACAGAAUCAAACCAGAAUACUAGCACGAGAAGAGAUGACGCUUCCGAUUUGGAUGACCCAGCCGUUUCCCUGCCCGAUCCAUCAUUGAAGAACAAUACCUCUAGCUCCAAGCGCCGCCUUUCGAAUCCAUCUCCAACCAAGCAAAAGAAGAAAAAGAAGACAGGGAAAGAGAAGGGCACUAAGGAUAGUGAAAAAGCUUCACCACCUUCAAUAACUAUCGACGAUGAUGCCAUUAACCGACAGCUGAAUCUAUCAACAGAAAACGCAGGGACUGCCGCCGCUGCAACCGAACCCCAAGAUAAACCGAAUUCCUCCCCUGAUUUGGCAAUUCCUCCCAUUCCCUUGACACUGGAACGCAUUGACAUCAAUUUUAUCGAUGUCAAUCCGUCAUACUCUUCAUUAAAAGACAAAUUUUCAGGCAGUCAUCACACUAAUACCGUCGCCAUCGAACUUCUCACAGCAUUUGAGGCCGACCCCGAUUUUCAGUCAGGUGAACCUUCUCAAGAUACGCUAUCGUUUCUUGAUCGCAUCGAAACUGCUGACCCGAACUCACCUGAUUUUUCCGAAGAUGAUUUAUAUGGAAACUGGGGCCACUAUCAAUUCACCGCUGGCAGUCGGACAAUUUCCAUGGUUCUUACCUCCUGGAAAUCGGUUGGAAAUACUUCAGUAGCAUGUGACAUCUACAUUGAAUUACUCGUCGACAAGCUCUUGGAUCUGUGGAAGGAUGCAGGAGGGAGCAUUUCAAAAGGGAAGGGCAUGAACAAAGACAGCGCUCUCGGUGCCAAUCUACCCACAUCUGACAUCAUCCAGAUGCAGGCCCCUUCGACCCAACAUGCCGAACCUGAAGCCAUGCUCAUCGACACCACAGCGUCCAGUUCUGGUGAAUUGAGUGAAUCAGCGGUCAAAACUGCUUCCGUGGAUGUUCGAAAAAUACUUCAAGCCCUCCAGAAAGAUGAGUUGAAGGCAUGGAUCAAUGACCACAAUAUCAAUACACCCUCUGGCACACGCACAAAAGAUGCACAUGACGAAUCGAACUCUGAACUUCACUUUCUCUAUUUCCUGUGUUGGGGCGUGCGUAUGGAUGCCUACAAGUUUUCCUUCCACAAUUCACAAAUCCCAAAUGGUCAUUCAUGUCCAAGCCCCAACCCCUCUUUGUUUCUUUCUCCUUUACUUCAACCAAACCCGGGACCUCUUCCUGUUCCACAACCUCUCCACGUCGAAAACUUGUCACUUUCCGACCUGCUGAAGAACCGUGAAGUCCUCGACAUGUUCAAUGGCUGGAAGGAGGCUACUAAGCAGGUACUGAAGGCUCAAGAAUACGAGCGCGAACUUCAUAGUCAGAAUUCUCGAUUGGAGAAAGAGGUGCUGCAGUUGCGGGGAGAACUUCAAGUUCAGCGAACGGGCUUCCGAUUCGGUCCCCACAUCGUUUCCAAAACUCAAAGUGACUCCAUCUCACCAAGCAAUUCUGUGUCCCAAAUUGGGAGCGGAUCCAUCCUGAACCCUGUCCAAUGUGCUGUCAGUCAACCAUCGAUUCAGCCACCACACUAUAGUCACAAGAUUCUCUGGACACUCGAAGACUGUCAAAAGGACCUGCACAACGUUGUUACCAAGUCGAACAAAUCACGCCCGGCCAUGGAAAAAGCAAUACAACAUGAAGACAGCACGUUAAUCAAUGGGGGGGAGUGGCACGCAAUCAAGGCGAAUGCAAGAGCGAUUGCAAGUUGUGAUCUACUGCCUCUCCCCAUUCCGUGCGACACACCAAGUUUGGUGAAGAAGAAGACCAAGACCUUCUUCACUAAGUAUCACCUCAAGCAGUGGACCAACACAGUCCACAAACUCGAAGAACAAGAGCCUUUACUGGCUCUUUGUGCCGCUCAUUGGAAAGCUGAACAUGUACUGAAUACCAUUUUGACAGGAAUCACAGAAUCAAACCAGAAUACUAGCACGAGAAGAGAUGACGCUUCCGAUUUGGAUGACCCAGCCGUUUCCCUGCCCGAUCCAUCAUUGAAGAACAAUACCUCUAGCUCCAAGCGCCGCCUUUCGAAUCCAUCUCCAACCAAGCAAAAGAAGAAAAAGAAGACAGGGAAAGAGAAGGGCACUAAGGAUAGUGAAAAAGCUUCACCACCUUCAAUAACUAUCGACGAUGAUGCCAUUAACCGACAGCUGAAUCUAUCAACAGAAAACGCAGGGACUGCCGCCGCUGCAACCGAACCCCAAGAUAAACCGAAUUCCUCCCCUGAUUUGGCAAUUCCUCCCAUUCCCUUGACACUGGAACGCAUUGACAUCAAUUUUAUCGAUGUCAAUCCGUCAUACUCUUCAUUAAAAGACAAAUUUUCAGGCAGUCAUCACACUAAUACCGUCGCCAUCGAACUUCUCACAGCAUUUGAGGCCGACCCCGAUUUUCAGUCAGGUGAACCUUCUCAAGAUACGCUAUCGUUUCUUGAUCGCAUCGAAACUGCUGACCCGAACUCACCUGAUUUUUCCGAAGAUGAUUUAUAUGGAAACUGGGGCCACUAUCAAUUCACCGCUGGCAGUCGGACAAUUUCCAUGGUUCUUACCUCCUGGAAAUCGGUUGGAAAUACUUCAGUAGCAUGUGACAUCUACAUUGAAUUACUCGUCGACAAGCUCUUGGAUCUGUGGAAGGAUGCAGGAGGGAGCAUUUCAAAAGGGAAGGGCAUGAACAAAGACAGCGCUCUCGGUGCCAAUCUACCCACAUCUGACAUCAUCCAGAUGCAGGCCCCUUCGACCCAACAUGCCGAACCUGAAGCCAUGCUCAUCGACACCACAGCGUCCAGUUCUGGUGAAUUGAGUGAAUCAGCGGUCAAAACUGCUUCCGUGGAUGUUCGAAAAAUACUUCAAGCCCUCCAGAAAGAUGAGUUGAAGGCAUGGAUCAAUGACCACAAUAUCAAUACACCCUCUGGCACACGCACAAAAGAUGAUUUGAUUGUGCUCAUUGUUGGAGAUGGUGUGCAUGAAAAACCAUCAUCCGCGGACGUCAAGCGAAUUGUCGAAGCGCACAAAGGCCAAAAGGGAGCGACGAAGGCAUCCACAUCCAAAGCCUGA